UUUCAAUAAUUAUAUACAGUGCCCCAUUGCAAAAUCUCUCAUCUCACAACAAUAUAGCUUCCAUUGGGGACCCUCGUCUUCGUCCACCUACACCACGGUCUACCGAAGGUUUCCCAAGGAUCACCAUCAGCUGGGCAAUCACAUCUUUGCUUGCAAUAAAGGUUGACAAGAAGAUAUCAUCAAAGACAACCGGACUCUUUCCAAGGACGACAUACUACCCAUUAUUGCUGCUGUUUCUGCAUAAAAACAAAAUGGCUGACAAAAAAAAGAAGAAUGUUGGAGCGCUUUCAACUGAAACCGCAGCAGCCAAGCUGACGAACAAGAUGUCUUCGUUCUCCGUGUCUACAGGUACCUUGGGAAGAAGUGCUUUUUCUACUGAAAAAGCUAAUCUCUCUCAACCGCUAAUGAAACAACAGCAGCAGCCCGGAAAGUCUCUGCAGCAGCCCCGAAAGUCUCUGCAGCAACCACCAUCGCAACAAAAGCCGCUACAGCAACCAUCGGACAUAAAGAAGCGAAAGCCCCUUCAGCAGCUACAGCAGCAGCAACAGAUACCGCAGGGAAAACCGUCGCAGCAAGAUCAGCGAAGACCACCACCGCAGAAGAAACCGCAGCAGCAGCAUGAACCGCCCCGGAAAACACUGCAACCUCAAUUGCAUCAGAAAACUGUGCACAAUCAGCAACCACUAUCGCAGCGGAAAUCGCAGCAGCCGGAUAUGGUACCACCACGAGCACAGCGCAAUGAUGUGCUGAAUGAAUCAGCACGGCAGACUUUGGACUCCAUCAACAGAAGACUAGCAGCCGUCGAAGGAACGCAACGCGGGAUCGGAGAGACGCUGAAGCAGCUUAAGGAUGUGACAAGUUCAAUCGAUGAGAGGCAGAAGAAGACGGAACGAAAAGUGACAGAGAUUUAUAACAUCCUAAAAAAUUUGAUGGCCGCGCAAUCUUCUGCAGCGAGAACUCGUCCAGAAUUUUUGCCAUUCAAAACAACGGCUGACAUUGUUGCCUUCGAUCAUCUCGAUGAUGAUCAGUUUGAUGCUCUUGUCCAUUACUUGAGAUACCUUGGAGGUGCGAAUGAAACUGACGCUGCUGCGAUUUAUUUCAAAGCCUGCUUCAAGUUUGGCGAGGAUUUGUUCCGGCAUGUGACUUGGCAUGGAUCCAAGUCUGACAACCAGAUUUUGGCGUUGAAAGAUACGCGUUUCGCUUUAGCUUGCACUGAGGCUAUGCCCAUCAUAAAGGAGAUCCUCAGGAAGCCGAACAAAGUAGAAAUUGCGACUGCGAUGACGAAGGCUUUGAAGAGCUCCAAGGAAGCCUAUCGUCGUGAACGCAAGAGAGUUGCACCACCGGCCGAACAAACGCCUCCCGUCAGGAGGCAACGCCAAAAUUAUCCGCCGCAGAACAACGCGGCGGAAAAUUCGGACGCCGAGAACGACGCACUCUUUGAGGGCGAACAGCAGCCGAACGAUAAAGACCAGCGCAUCGAGCCGUUCGGCGAUACACAGGUCAUCGAGGAAAUAGUAGGCGAAGAAGGUGAAAGAGUAGAAGAAGGAGAAACAGAAGGAGAAGGAGAAGAAGGUGAAGAAGUUGACGAAGAAGUAGCUGAAGAAGAAGAUGAAGACUACGAGCAAGAGGAAGAAGAAGGAGAACUGGAGGAGCAGAAAUCGUACGUGGGCGACUCCAAUUCACAGUCGAUCAACUUCAACCAGUUGGAUUUUGAAUUACCGGAGGAUGAGUUCCCGGAAUGAGCUAAGUCAACCGCUUAUUUAUUGAUGCAUUUAUUUAUUUAAUUCAUGUAAUUUCUUUGCAGCUUAGUAGAAAAAUAUAGAUCAGUUUUGCUCUUUGUUUUUAGUUUCUUCAAGUAGUUUCUUUUAAAUAAAUGAUCUGUAUUUUUUUAUCUAAACGCUCACUUACAUUUUCUUUUCAUUGGUAAUUUUCGUUUACUAUUAAUUUUUUCUUUUGUAUUAGUUUUUUUAUUGUUUGUAGUUAGUGUUAAAAAUGUAAGAGAGCGUUGGAGGGGCUAUUGACAGUGGUUGAGCCUCACAGAAGGGGGCGGCGGUGGGGCCCCCUUCACUCCCCCCCCCAAAAAAAAAUUAAUGCAUUUUUUGUCCAAGGUAACUGUAACGAUGACAUGGUACAAGAGCGAUGACGACGACCUCAACAAAGCUUACUUGCGGUUCCCCAGCUACGGAAGUUUGCUCAUCAGGUCCUCUUAUUUUAUUUACUUUCAUUCUUUUUUUAUUCCAUCGAUAACUUUAUUAAUUGUUUUUAUCAUUUUCUCUUUUGGAGGUCAUCACUUUUUCCGGAUCAGCAACAGCAGCACGCAGAUGUAUUUAUGAAAAAGUAGCAGCCAUCAGUUGACUCACUCAAGAAACAAGAACUGUACUCAUAAUUUUAGCAAGAGGACUAGGAGCAUCAGCACCCGACAUCUGCAGAGAGCAACGAGGCUUUGCACAACAGCAGGAACAUCAAAUCAAAAAAGUUUAUGUCUAUAUGUUUUUUUAUUUUCAUUGUAUUUUGUAUUUACAUUGUAUUAUGUAUUUUCUCUAUUUUAUUUAUAUUCUAUUAAUAAAAUAAUUCAAAACAAAGAUUUAAAAAAUUCAUUUUUAUGCCCGCAAAAUGCCACCAAAACCGACAGCAAUAUGCCGACACAUUCGCAGCACGCGUGCUGCCGGAAAAAUUUUAAAAAUUUGAAAUGCUCGCAAAAUGCAGGCACAACGACGGCAUUUCAUCGUCAUAAUGUGCGCACAUCCGCAGCACGCAUGCUGCUCGUGCCGCGCACGACCGCCGUCACAGAAACCGAGCACAUGCUGAGCAUAUGCCGAGCAAUUGCGGAGGUACCUGGCAAGCACGCGUGCUCCACGAUUUUGGCGCUAUGCUAGCACUGUGCCGACGCAAUGUUAUCUGGGUAACAUGAUAUCCCAGAUAACAGCGUGCUCUGAAAAUGCUGAAAACGUGCCGGCACGAAAUGGGCACGCAUGACGGUCCACUUGCAUCCGCACAUGAAAGUCAUAUGACGAGCAUAUGACCGAGCAUUUUGCUUGCUUCCGUGGUGGAUCUGUCCAGCACGGGUGCCGAUAAAAUGCGAGCAUAAUGCCGUUCGUAUGCAGGCAUUUUGCGCGCAUGUUCCCGAUUUCGUGGACGCGUAUUUUUCGUACGGCACGGCAUGCUCCUCGUAUGCAGGCAUAUGGCCGGCGGGGAGCGAUUUUAUCGCAUAUAAAAAUAACGCUAAAUAAAAAUUAGUUAGAACGCAUAACUAAGCAUCUACAUCAUAAAUAAUUAAUAAAUUUUGUUAUAUAGUAUAAAAAAAAUUUUAUGUAAGAAAAAAAAAUCUGCCGGGUGUAGGGCUGGAACUCACGAUCUUUGGAUCAGAAGUCCGAAGCUCUAGCCUCUGAGCCACAACUCUUCUUACAAUUUGAUGCACAAUUGCACCUAAUAAUCAUCGCUAAUAAUUAGAAUUAUGUAAUAAAAUAAUGUUUAAAUGUAAUUCGGUUUGGAGAGAAUAAAAAAAGUAAUAAAUGUA